AAGAACUCUGCCAUUCCCAACAAAUUUAUACAUAUCUUGAUCUGCAUUCCUAAUAAAUUAUAUGUUUCAUCAUUCUUUCCCCACCCCCCUAUAAAUUUCCUCCCUUUAAUUUCUCUUUAACACAGGAACAAUGCCUGAAACCCAAGAUGCUGUGGAACUUCCCAUAUUGGAUAUGUCUCAGCCAUUGGAUUCAUCUUCUUUGUCAUCCCUUUCUGAGGCCUGCAAAACAUGGGGUUUUUUCCUCAUAACAAAUCAUGGAAUCUCCAAAGAUCUUUACAACAGAAUCCAUCUGCUUUCAAACCAACUCUUCAGUCUUCCUUCUGAUACCAAACUUGAACUUGGUCCCUUGUCUUCCUUAGGAACGUACACUCCUCAUUUCAUAGCUUCUCCUUUCUUCGAAAGUCUGCGAGUAUCUGGGCCAAACUUCCUGAAAUCUGCUCAAAGUUCCAUAGAUAUUCUCCUUCAGAAACAGAAUUCUGAAUUUAGUGAGGCAGUGCAAGAGUAUGGGAAGAGAAUGACAAAAUUAUCAAUGAAAAUCAUAGAGAUUUUGCUGGUGAGCUUAGGAGAUGGUUUUCAGAAGAAAUACUAUGAAUCCGAGUUCAAGAAUUGUCAUGGAUAUUUGAGGAUUAACAACUACUCACCGCCUGAGGGAGAUGAAGUAGAAGGGCUAGGAAUGCACACUGACAUGAGCUGUGUUACCAUUGUUUAUCAAGAUGAAAUAGGAGGACUUCAGGUGAGAUCAAAGGAAGGGAAGUGGAUGGACAUAAGGCCCUGCGAGGGGACCCUUGUAGUGAACAUAGGGGAUAUGCUCCAAGCUUGGAGCAAUGACAAGUUCAGGUCAUCAGAACACAGAGUUGUGCUAAAAAGACAAGUGACUCGUUUCUCUCUAGCUUUCUUUUGGUGUUUUGAGGAUGAGAAGAUCAUAAUGGCACCAGAGGAGGUCGUUGGAGAGAAAAACAUGAGACUGUACGAACCAUUUGUCUGUUUGGAUUACCUGAAGUUCAGAGAGAGCAAUGAGAAAGGCAGGUUUGAAAAGGUUGGAUACACUGUUAAGGACUUUGCCGGUAUUUGAAUCUGAUUAUCUACUGAAAUCUGAGUUUUUUCUUUAGCAUUCUUGUGCGGAAGUUGGAAUGUUGAAGAGAAUAAGAAUCUGUUUGGAGACUUUGACCUGCUGCUGGUUGGUUGCAGAAUGAAGCAGUUGAAUGAAUUUCUACUUCCAUUGUUGCAUGUGUAUCAAUUUCUUUAUUGUGUACUCAUGUACGGAGAUAUAAUAAAUGUAGCUUUUCAAA